CCGGCCCCGGCUCCUCCUCCUCCUCUUCUCGCCAUUGCAGUUGGGACUCGGCAGCCCGGUGCGCACCGCGUGGCUUUCAGGGGGGAGACCCCGGCAGGCUGUGGCAGGAGGGCGGCGGCGGCGGCUGUGGUCAGGGCAGGGGACGCCCACAAGAUAGUUGAAGUAUUGAUAACACCAAGGAAAUCUGUCACAAUUUGAAAAGAUAAGCAAAAAUUUGAUUUCCAGACACUACAGAAAAAGAAGUAAAAAUGGCUUUGUGUCAUCAUCACAUCGUCACAAGAAGAAGAGGAAAGCGUCCAGUGCGAAUUUUUGUGAAUGAUGAUCGCCAUGUGAUGGCAAAGCAUUCUUCCGUUUAUCCAACCCAAGAGGAGCUGGAGGCCGUCCAGAACAUGGUGUCGCACACGGAGCGGGCUCUCAAAGCUGUGUCCGACUGGAUAGAUGAGCAGGAGAAGGGAAGCAGCGAGCACGCGGAGUCGGAGAACAUGGACGUGCCCCCGGAGGACGAGACCAAAGAAGGGGCCGGGGAGCAGAAGACGGAGCACAUGACCAGAACCCUGCGGGGGGUGAUGCGGGUGGGCCUCGUGGCCAAGGGCCUGCUGCUCAGGGGGGACCUGGACCUGGAGCUGGUGCUGCUGUGUAAGGAGAAGCCCACGACCGCCCUCCUGGACAAAGUGGCCGACAACCUGGCCAUCCAGCUCGCUGCUGUCACAGAAGACAAGUAUGAAAUCCUCCAGUCUGUCGGUGAUGCCGCCAUUGUGAUAAAAAACACAAAAGAGCCGCCGUUGUCCCUCACCAUCCACCUGACGUCCCCUGUUGUCAGAGAAGAGAUGGAGAAAGUGUUAGCUGGAGAAACGCUAUCAGUCAACGAUCCCCCGGACGUUCUGGACAGGCAGAAAUGCCUUGCUGCCUUGGCGUCCCUCCGACACGCCAAAUGGUUCCAGGCCAGAGCCAACGGGCUGAAGUCGUGUGUCAUUGUCAUCCGGGUCCUGAGGGACCUGUGCACCCGCGUGCCCACCUGGGGUCCCCUCAGAGGAUGGCCCCUCGAGCUUCUCUGUGAGAAGUCCAUCGGCACGGCCAACAGACCCAUGGGGGCCGGCGAGGCCCUGCGGAGAGUGCUGGAGUGCCUGGCGUCGGGCAUCGUGAUGCCAGAUGGUUCUGGCAUUUAUGACCCUUGUGAAAAAGAAGCCACUGAUGCUAUUGGGCAUCUAGACAGACAGCAACGGGAAGAUAUCACACAGAGUGCGCAGCACGCUCUGCGACUUGCUGCGUUUGGCCAGCUCCAUAAAGUCCUGGGGAUGGACCCUCUGCCUUCUAAGAUGCCCAAGAAACCAAAGAACGAAAACCCAGUGGACUACACGGUUCAAAUCCCCCCCAGUACCACCUAUGCCAUUACACCCAUGAAGCGCCCUAUGGAGGAGGAUGGGGAGGAGAAGUCACCCAGCAAAAAGAAGAAGAAGAUUCAGAAGAAAGAGGAGAAGGCGGAGCCCCCCCAAGCUAUGAAUGCCUUGAUGAGGCUGAACCAGCUGAAGCCGGGGCUGCAGUAUAAACUGGUUUCCCAGACUGGGCCGGUCCACGCGCCCAUCUUCACCAUGUCUGUGGAGGUAGACGGCAACUCAUUCGAGGCCUCCGGACCGUCCAAAAAGACUGCCAAGCUGCACGUGGCUGUUAAGGUGUUACAGGACAUGGGCUUGCCCACCGGCGCUGAGGGCAGGGAUUCCAGCAAGGGGGAGGACUCAGCCGAGGAGGCGGAGGCCAAGCCGGCCGUGGCGGCCCCCCCGCCUGUGGUGGAGACCGUCGCUACCCCCAGCGCCGCCUUCCCCUCGGAUCCCACUGCUGAGAACGUAAAACAGCAGGGGCCGAUCCUCACCAAGCAUGGCAAGAACCCAGUCAUGGAGCUGAACGAGAAGAGGCGCGGCCUCAAGUAUGAGCUCAUUUCGGAGACCGGGGGCAGCCAUGACAAGCGCUUCGUCAUGGAGGUCGAGGUGGACGGACAGAAGUUCCAAGGUGCUGGUUCGAACAAAAAGGUGGCGAAAGCAUACGCUGCACUGGCUGCGCUUGAGAAGCUGUUCCCCGAUGCCCCCCUCGCCCUCGAGGCCAACAAGAAGAAGAGAGCCCCCGUGCCCGUCAGAGGUGGACCCAAGUUUGCUGCUAAGCCACAUAAUCCUGGGUUUGGCAUGGGGGGCCCAAUGCACAAUGAAGUGCCCCCGCCCCCGAACCUUCGAGGGCGGGGCAGAGGAGGGAACAUCCGUGGUCGAGGGAGAGGGAGAGGAUUCGGUGGCGCCAACCAUGGAGGCUACAUGAAUGCUGGCGCCGGGUACGGCAGCUACGGGUAUGGAGGCAACUCGGCGACGGCCGGCUACAGUGACUUUUUCACAGACUGCUACGGCUAUCAUGAUUUUGGGUCUUCCUAGAGCAUCUAAAAGUAUUGCACACAAAAUCAACUUUUUACUCCAAUUUUCUCGAACUCCAAAACCCAAAGUGUCCGUGCUGUGCCCUGUGCUUCACUGGGUUUCUCAACCGUGGCUUGUCACCGCAGCUUGUCUGAAACUCUUAGCCUGCAGAAUUUAAGACAAUGGCAGUUUUUAUCGUGAUUUGCCUUUGAACUUGGUCCUAUUGAAGUUCACAAUAAGUGGAAAACAAUUUUCAGAGAAUGCAUUUUUGUGCAGAAUUGCACAGAAUUCUAGAGCCAGCGUUGGUCAGCAUCAAGGCAAAAGCCCACCUUUGCUUUUUAUGGAAAGCGUUACUUUAUUUAAGAGACAGAUAAUGACGCAUUUUAAUCUACCUUUGUCUUAAUUUACAGCAGGUUUUGUAUGAAUUUUUAACCUUUUAACAAUUCCCAAACCUGGUUGAUGCCUUUGACAGUAACGAAAACGAUUUCACCACAUCCGAAUCCAGAGCAACCGGCUUUUUUUUUGAUAAGCAUGUAAAACGUGGGGAACACGGGAGAACUGUACAUUGUGCGAAGUGAACCUGUCCCGCCUUUUUGUAAACGCUCUGGUGGGUUCUUGUGUGGGGAUGCGAUUCUCUGUGGCUGGUUUAGCUAGAGGUGAACUCUCAAAGGUGUCACAGCUGUGCUUCAUCAUCAGUGCGAGAAGCAGGCAGGCUUAAAGGGAGCGAGAACAUGGAAUUUUGCAAGUCCUAAUCCCAGCUACAAAUGCAUGGGCGUCUAGAGGGGUUUUUGUUGCGGUUUUUUUUUUUUUGUGGGGCUUUAAAAAUAAUCAAGCAGAAAAAGCCUAAUAUGUAGCGCAAUUCUCCAGUGAAGAGCUGGCCUCAGGGGGCCUGUGCUGCUGGGCGCGCAGCUGCAGCAGAUUCCAGAAGGCCUGGAAGCUUCCACCCUCUCACCUUGGGGUGCGGACUUGAGUUUGUGGCCCCUGCCUGUGUGCAGAGGCCCAGGGGGGGCAUUUUGGCUCCUUACUGAGACGCCCUGUCCUGGCGGGAGUCCUUAGACAUGAGUCUGUCUGGGCCCCGUCAGCGGUUUUUGCAGCAAAACCUGCCACUGCGUUGACUUGCAAGAUUUUGCGUUCAUUCAGGCAAAAACUGGUCGAAACGGUUACUACAUAAUUUGUUCCCAGAGGUUUGAAACAUUCAGUGAAACUUUUUAAAACUUUGAUUGCAUGAUGUAUUUUUUUUUUUUAGAAAGUUAUUGUUGGAGAAUAAUGUCUUUUUAUACCAGGAAAUAGUUAUCCUGAAUGACGUUGAAAACUUCCCCGUCCCAUUAUUUUUUUUUAAUCAAUACAUGUUAAAGUAACAAGCCCGCA